AUGUGCGGCUCCGACUGCUUUCUGAUGCUCUUGAGCGUCCUAUUCCCACCUGUAGGUGUCUGGGUCAAGAAAGGACUCUGUAGCGCCGACUCUCUUAUCAACCUCGCGCUCUGCUGUCUUGGUUUCCUGCCGGGUCUCCUGCACGCCUGGUACGUGAUCCUGCAAAACCCGGACCCGUACGACGCAUACCAUCAAGUACCCGACCGCGAGAACGGUACAACUAGCGACGGCCGAACAACAUACUAUGUUAUCACACAUGAGCAACCGGCUGGACGACAGGCGAACUAUGGCACCGUGGGUAGCCAGCCAAGCAACGGACAGUUCCCCGGACAGCAGAGUGGCGUGACAAACAGUUUUGCGCAGCCAAAGGGACACAAAGCCUCCAAGGGCACUUCGCCUGCGACUGCGCCUGCACCGCAAGGCGGCGAGGGUAGCUCGAGCCAGCCCGAAGGGCCGCCACCGACCUAUGCGGAUGUGAUCAAGGGCGACAACAAGGUUCAAGGCCCGUAG